AUGUCGAAAUACAAUGUGGAUAACGGUUUGUUAAUGGAUAGAAAAGAUCGUAUGGCGGCAAAACAAAGCAAAUUACGUUUUCUAUAUAAUCCCGAUGAAAAAACAGUUUUGGGACGUACCGCUAAAAGUUGGGCUCAAAUAAUAAUAUUUUACAUAAUAUUCUACAUAGUUCUUAUGGCUUUGUUCGCAUUUUGCAUGUGGGUAUUCUUUCAAACUCUGGAUCCCAGGAUACCCAAAUGGAAGCUCGACGAAUCCCUAAUCGGAACUAAUCCAGGUUUAGGUUUCAGACCUAUGCCGGAUACCGGAAACGUCGAAAGUACUCUCAUUUGGUACAAGGGAACGGAUAGAGAAAAUUAUAAAUAUUGGGUCAAAAGUUUGGAAGAAUUUUUAGAAGUUUAUAGAACACCUGGUUUGACACCUGGAAGAGGUCAAAACAUAUACAAUUGCGAUUACACGAGAAAACCGGGACCCGGUCAAGUUUGCGAUGUCGACAUACGAAAUUGGGAUCCAUGCACGGCGGAUAAUUAUUUUAAUUAUCACAAAGCGGCUCCGUGUAUAUUUUUGAAAUUGAAUAAGAUUUACGGAUGGGUACCUGAAUAUUAUAACACGACGGACAAUCUACCGGAACAAAUGCCGGAAGAGCUUAAGAAACACAUUUCGGAAGUGGCACGAACGAAACCGCACGAAUUGAAUACAAUAUGGGUGAGUUGCGAGGGAGAAAAUCCGGCAGACAUUGAAAAUUUAGGACCCGUCACUUACAUUCCCAGGCACGGUUUCCCUGGGUAUUUUUUCCCAUUCGAAAAUUUUGAAGGUUAUUUGAGCCCUCUCACGGCCAUACACAUCAGCAAUCCUAGAAGUGGAAUAAUAAUUAACAUUGAAUGUAAAGCAUGGGCGAAGAACAUAAAACACAACCGACAAGACAGGGUGGGAUCCGUACAUUUAGAACUCAUGAUCGAUUAA